GGCAAGAUCCGGCGCGAGACGCGCGCGCAGAUGUCGUUUGCCGCGCGCAACUAUCGCUUCUUCGCCGGCAUGGCGGACAAGCUGGUGGGCGAGGUGAAGCCGCUCGACAGCCUGACGGUGUUUGACUACACGUUGCGCGAGCCGUUUGGCGUGUGUGCGCUCAUCACCCCUUGGAACAGCCCGAUCGCCAUCCUGGCGAACAAACUGGCUCCGUGCUUGGCGGCGGGGAACACGUGCGUCGUCAAGCCGUCCGAGUUCACGUCGGUGAGCACAUUGUACUUUGCCCGGCUAAUCAUCGAGGCCGGAUUCCCGCCUGGCGUAUUCAACGUUGUAGCUGGCAAGGCAGACGUCGGAGAGGCGCUCGUCACGCACCCGCUGGUCAAGCGCAUCAGCUUCACCGGCAGCGUUGGCAUUGGCCGCCAGAUUGCUAAACAAGGCGCACAAAACAUCGUCCCCGUCACGCUCGAGCUGGGCGGCAAGUCGGCCAACAUCAUUCUCGACGAUGCUGAAAUCGAUCGAGCGGUGGCUGGAAGUGUUGCUGGGAUCUUUGCGGCGUCGGGCCAGACUUGCAUCGCUGGCUCGAGACUACUCGUGCAUCGCUCCGUCUACGAAAAGGUCACAAAAGCCAUCCUGGCAAGGAUUGAGUCGAUACGUUUCGGGGAUCCCCAGGACAUGACCACGGAUAUGGGCCCAUGUGCCCAUGCCGGACAAUGGGAGUCCAUCCAUCGCCACAUCGACAGGGCGGUGCAGGAAGGAGGGAAGCUGGCUGCAGGCGGGCGAGAAGCAAGCCUCAAAAUCGGAGGCCUAUUCGUCGCGCCAACCGUGUUCACGGACGUGGACCCUAGCAGUGCUCUAGCGCAAGAGGAGAUCUUUGGACCGGUCCUGGCCAUCAUACCGUUUGAUAGCGACGAGGAAGCGAUUCAAAUUGCAAACGGCACUGUUUUUGGCCUGGCAGCUGGGGUGUGGACGACCAACGUGCGAAAGGCCCAUCUACUCAGCCGACAACUCAACGCUGGCCAAGUCUGGAUCAACACCUAUCGGGCUUCUUCGGCAAUGGCACCAUUCGGGGGGUUUGAUCACAGUGGUUAUGGCAAGGAGAGAGGGACGGAGGCGUUGUUGGAGUACACCAGGACGAAGAAUGUCAUGCUCGAUUUGGGCGAGGAGAUUAGAGAUCCUUUCACGAUUAAAGCCUAGGUAGGAGUUCAGAAACAGAUAGCAAAAAGUACAGAAAAGUGGAAAGGAAAGAAGUUGACGCUCCAUCGACGAGGGAGGACGAGACCACAACGCGACGCGAUAGACCCAUGAGGAAACGAAAAAGAAAAGGCUGCCGCAGCGCACAGCACCCUAC